GCUCGCUACUCAAAGGUUUGUAUGCGGUGUUGAGGUAGCCAUGUUGAUCUCAGGAUAUUGGAGAGAAAAGGUAUCUUUGUCACAUCCCCACAAGCAGCAUUUGCAGCAUGAGUAGGAAUGCAGCCUACUGCUCAUACAUGAAGAUAUGGCCUCUGCGUGGCCUGACUUUUCAGUGCUGAAACUACUGAUGUGCUCCAGCCUAUAGUUCAAAGGCCUCAGUAAAGUACCUAACCUCAUGGAUAUGCCAACAAUACCCCCAAAGAUGUGUGUUCUACUCCCUCGUGACAGGACCAUCUUUCCUCUUUCAGGUGUUGGUGAAAAAGUGCUUUGGAGACUGGAGAUCAUCAGAUUCAGGCUGUUUGGAACUGAAUGGGAUGAAAUUCCAAAACUGCAGGUCCCUUCCAGAGAGGGUUGUAUCAGCAGACCCUUCAUAUUUACAACAGUGUUGUCUUGCUGGAGCACCUUUGCUGAUCUGCUCUGUGGUAAUAUGGGACAAAGAGAGAGAUGGUCUCUUUUGGAUUCCAGCCCAACUAUACGCAGGAAGGACUGUUCCUAUGAGAGAUUGUGGCUACGCUCGUUUUGGUUCUGCUUAGCUAAGGCCAAAAAAUAUAUAUCCCCACCUCCAACAUGUAAUAAACUUAAUUUUUGUGGUUCCAAAAAAGCAAAUCUUCCUAUUAUAAAUAUUAAUAGUUUAUCAUUACAUAGCUCCUUUCACCCCAGCUGUACAGAAUUCUACAGACAUCAGUUAAUUAAGCCUGACUAUACCGUUACUAUUAUAACCAUGUUAGAGAUGGGUAAGCUGAUGAUGCACAGCAGAGCAAAAUCGCUUGUCCAUACUCAUAGGAUGAAAUUCACCUCUAUGCAGCUGUAAGUCUCACUUAAGCCUUAUUAUGGGGGAUUAAGUGGUGCAUAGGUCUUGUGCUAGUCCUCUGCUCAGGGGUGAAUUACACACAACAGAAGAACCAUCCAGUUCCUUGCUCUAAUUGUUAUACAUACACACUCCUUCCUAGAUGAUAUUUUUCCUGAUUAAUAUAGAACCAUAAAUUAAAAUGAUAAAAACCCAGCACAUUUUAAAGGACUCCAUU